CACAGACACAUUCAGGGGACACCUUAGACUUAUAUUACAUCUUGUAAAAACUGGUUCUAGGGCACCUUUAAUUCCAGCAGAAUUUGAAAAAUUGUAUAAAAUGACUCAGAACUAGAAGUUCAGAACCACUAGAAGUUGCCCAAGUCAUUUUAUUAUCAUUCUCAGUGGGAUAUAAAAUUCAAAAAUUGCUUUAAAGCCCGAAGUCUCCCUCUGAGCCUUCACACUACUGGUUGUUAGAGUAAAAUAAUAAUUGGUUGUCAACAUUCAUCCUCAACCAUAUUCAUUAAAAUAUUUCCUAUAAUUUCGAUUCCUUUAUUUCACUAAUACGUCCGGUAGUCUUUUACAUCCAUCAUGCCCCUUUAAAGGUUAAACCCAUAAAUACCACCAUCAUUAUAAGAGGCUAUUCUGAGUUGUAUGCCUCUAAGGGAGCCAUGAUGACGCUAUAAGGUAAGUUAAUUAUGUCAAUUAUGGCACUCAAGGUCCAUCCAGAUUUUCUUUGAGUAAAAAGGAAAUGUCAAUUUGCCAGAAGGUGCGAAUUGUUAUGGCUGUGUAUAAAAGCAAGGCCAGUGAGCUUUAGGGAAACAGAGGAAACCCAACUGCAAACUGACCCGGCAAUCACAGGCACUGCAAGCAUGAUGAAAGUAUUGGCUCUGAUGACACUACUGAUGGUCUCUGUUGAGUCGGAUCUCUCAAAUGAAGAGUGGAAGUCUUUGAGCAACCCACAGACCAGGACCCUGUUUUUCCGGAUCCUGCAGUCGUAUCUUGAAGGCAGAGAGAGUGAAGCUCGAGCGAUGGGCAGGAAAACAGAAGUGAAGCUGAACAAAAACAGCAAUAUGGAAAAUACUGGUUACGACAAGUACAACCUCUAUCUUCACAAUGACAUUUAUGAUGUUUAGCCUGAAGAUUUCAUUUUUAGUUUCUCAAUGUCUAUCAUGUAAAUCAUUAGAUCUAAUAGUUUAAGGAAUGUUCAAGUCAUUUUGUCUGUAAUGAUGUUUUCUUCUCUAUAUAUUUCAUUUCUCAUAUACUAAGUUAAUGAUUCAUACAAUUUGUUUUGUUAUAAAUGUUUUAGCAAGUUUCAUACUAGUUGAUAAAAGCAAAGCAUGUUAUAGAUAUUGUGUUUAUAAUAAAGACUUAUGUA